UUUGAAUAGCGUUUUUAUCGUAUAUUUGUGUUGUUUGCGAGCUGUUUGUAGAUUAAUAUAAUGCCUAGGUGUUUUCUUAAGUCUGUGCGGUCACAAAGGGGCAGUUUCAUACAUGAAACGGGUAUAUUUUCAGUUGAAACUCUAGUCGAAACAAAACCGACACGCAUACCGAAAAUGUCAACGAAAAGACACAAAACUCUCUUAAAAACGAACGAAACGUUGUACCACGACAAAGUGCCUAUAUCCACCCGUUUUUACCUGCAACUCUUAAAAAAAAGUCAGUUCCUGCCUAACUUCAUAGAAACAGAAGCAUAUGAAUACGCUUCAGAAAGCGAAAGAGCAAAUAACUCACCAGAACUACAUACUAAGAAAAACUUCGUUAAGAAAGAAGUAGAACGGGCAAGUUAUAACUUACGUUCGAACGAAGCAAGAACGGAACGCAAGGUUUUCGUAAAGAAAACUCGCGCACGAAAAAAAGUCACCGAAAAACAAAACACCGUUUCUGAAUCGAAGCUGGUGAAGAAAAAAUUCAAAAUGCCUUUAGCGCCAAUCAUAGAGGAAAUAAGGAACCGGGAGCCACUAAGGACUGUGAAUAAAGGCGGAUGGGAGAUUGACAAAAUCGCUGAAAAGCUCAAGAGUCUGAUGAGGACCAGCUCCGAGCACAUGCUGCACCAAGAGCUGCUGUCUUGUACUGAAGCAUUCAGGAACGAUGCUAAGGAGAACGAAGAAAAAGGGAGCGAUGUUAAUGGGAACGUCGCUCAGGAAAAAGGACCAACCCCCUUAGUAUCGCCAGCAGGCCGAGUCCGCGGCGGCCACGCCUGCCCGUACUGCGGGAAGCGCUUCGACCGCCCCUGGGUUCUGAAAGGGCAUCUCAGACUGCACACAGGAGAGCGACCAUUUCCUUGCCCUCACAAACACUGUCCCAGGACUUUCGCAGACCGGUCAAACCUCCGCGCCCACCAGCGCACCCGCGGCCACCACUCGUGGCAAUGGCGGUGCGCCGAAUGCGGCAAGGCGUUCAGCCAGGGCCGCUAUCUGGACCGCCACCGAGCCGACGCCUGCUGGAAGUACAAAAUGCACCAAAAGAACUCAACGAAGAAUGCAGAUCUCAAAAACGCUGAUCCACCCAUCCCAAUGUAUGGAAGCGUAUUUAGACACGGGACUUUUGACCCGAAACCCUUACAGUCUAACCAAGACUUUCAGUCCAACCAGGACAUACAGUCACAGUCUAGUAUGGACAGUCAACAGUCAAUGGAACUCAAGUCUAAAGAGAAUCUUGGACAGGGAACUGAACUUUACAAGGCUUUAAGUAAUUUUGAGGUUAACGGUCUUUUGAAGGUAAAAAAUUUUGGUCAAGACUUUUUUAAGUGUAAAACCAAGGUCAGUAUUUCCAAAGUCCAGAAUAACCUGGAUUUUGAAGAGUCUAGUCUGAAAUUGGAGUUGUGUAAACCGAAAUUGGAUUUGAAGUUUCAGGGGCAAAAAUUAGCAUGUUCUAGCAUGGAGAUUAAAGAAGAGUGUGAUGAGCCUAUGGAUUUAUGUAUAAGGCGUAAUGUAAAUUAAGUAUUAAAGUAUGUUUUUUAUAUUUUGUUUUAUUAUAAAAACUAAUCAAUCGUUUAACGGACGCCCUUUGAACGCUUUAUGUCAUAAACAGACAUCACUCAAACGCCAACAUCCCGGCCGCAAGGGAGCUAAUGUAAACCUUACUCAAAAGUGUGAAGGUUACUUUGACAGCGUCCACCAUAACACCUAUAGGUGUCCUUGGCGCUGUGGGCACGACUAGUAACGACGACUUUAGAUGUUCUUGGUAUUCAACACUACGUGUUGGAAGCCAGUGUUGCUCGAAGGUUCAAAAGGUUAAUUGUGGACAUGUUCACACGUCACUAGUUUUUAACACCGCGCGAUUCAGAGGUAAAAUAGAAGAUAUUGCCGUGCUAUAUAUCACGUCAAUAACCACGACCAUCAUAUGUUAAACUUGCAGAUAAAAAAGCAUUCAUCAAAAUUAGUUCUGUAUUGAAGAUAGAUGAGAUGUUAUCUGUGGCUCUGUAUCGCUCUCCUAUAUUCAUGCGGUGGAGAUGCAGGGCUAUAACCGCGAAAAUCGAAGCUCGUCAAUUGCGUGUAUUUUUCUCGUUAACUCUAAUUAGUAAUUACGUCUUAGUGAGAGUAAAAGAGAAAGAUCCCCGCAAUUUGCGAAUUUCGGUUUUCGCGCGCGUGUUUUUCACGAAGGCGCGUACAUUGGCUCAUAAUGUCAUGUUAUUAAAGGUUAGAUUUGACAAAUCUGCGCGUCAUCGUGGAUGGCACGAACUAUAACGAAAUUUCGACUUCGUUUCGUUUUUCGCUGUAGGCCCUC